AUGAACACUAAACGCGUAGUAGCUUGCCAAUUUUCGCCGCGUUACCGUCUCGGAUUAUCGUUGCGCGCGUGUACUCUCGCGACUUGUUUACAUUGCGGACGGAGUGAAACCCAGUAUUUAGCAUAUCUUGUCAAUCAAAGACAAGUGAAUUCCUCUUCGAGUUCAGUAUAUUGUGUCUUAAUUCACCUAUAACUGACGCGCGUCGAGUCCCUUUUAGGCGGUGGACCUUUGAUAUGACCCGGUACAAGCAGGCCCAGUUUGUCGAUGAAGACAGCAGCAGCAUCGGAUCGAUUCAGAUCAACGAAACCAGUCGGAGUCCGACGAUGCACAUCCGGUAUCACACGGCCAGAGGAACGUCCCUGUGGAAUGCUCGCAGCAAGCUCGAAAAGGUGCUCAUUCUACUGUUGCUGUUCUCGACGGUGACAAUUGUUGUGCUGAUUGGGCUGCUGACAACCGAGAGCACAAGGAUACUGCACGUGCAGCCACAUGUGGAUUCCAACAUCUACAAAGAUGGCCAACCAUCAGGUAGCGAAUCCUCGAAGACCUGCCUGAACAAGCACUGCAUUUUCGCCGCAAGUGAAAUCCUGCACUCGAUCGAUACCACGGUCAGUCCGUGUGACGACUUCUACGGAUUCGCUUGUAAUCAGUGGAUCAAAAACAAUCCCAUCCCGGAUGGUAAAUCCAUGUGGGGUACAUUCGGCAAGCUGGAACAGCAGAAUCAGUUGGUGGUGAAGAACGUUCUGGAGCGACCAGAAGCGGAGUUUAAGUCGAAGGCCGAAAAGAAGGCUAAACUGUACUACCAGUCCUGCCUGGAUGAGGACGAAACUAUGGAAAAGUUGGGAGCAGAACCGUUGCUGAAAUUGCUCAAAAAUAUCGGAGGCUGGAAUGUGACUGCGAACGCCAGUGGUUUCGAUGUGAGCAAGUGGUCCCUACAAAAGUCACUGCAGACUCUGCAGAUUAAGUACAAUAUGGGUGGCCUGUUUGGGUGGGCCGUUGGCGAAGAUGAUCGUAACUCAAGCAAACAUAUAAUUCAAAUUGACCAAGGAGGGUUAACACUCCCUUCAAGGGACAACUAUCUAAACAAAACGGCUAAUGCAAAGAUCUUAACUGCUUACCUAGACUACAUGACUAAGGUGUCCGUUCUGCUCGGUGCCGAGGAGGCUGAUGCUCGUCGUCAGAUGUCCGAUGUGGUUGAGUUCGAAACCAGACUGGCAAACAUUACAACUCCCCAGGAUAUGCGCAGGGAUGAAGAGGAAAUGUACCAUUUGAUGACAUUGACAACGCUGCAGGAAAAAGCUUCGUUCAUCAAUUGGCGCGAUCACUUCGAGGAAGCAUUCCGACUGGUGAAGAGGAAAAUUACCGAAAAAGAAAAGGUGGUCGUUUACGCUCCGGAAUAUCUGGAGAAGUUGAAUACGCUAGUGCAAGAAUACCAUUCUACGGAUGAGAAAAAAACCAUUCUUAACAACUACCUGGUUUGGCAAACCGUACGCACGCUGACCGCUUGUCUGUCGAAAGCGUUCCGGGAUGCUUACAAGGGGCUUCGCAAGGCUUUGAUUGGGUCCGAUGGAGGCGAGGAACCGUGGCGGUAUUGCGUCAGUGAUACGACAAAUGUUCUAGGUUUUGCCAUUGGGGCCAUGUUCGUUCGGGAAGUGUUCCACGGUGAAUCGAAACCACGGGCAGAAGAGAUGAUCAAUGAGGUUCGUACCGCUUUCAAGGAUAAUCUUAGAAAUUUGGUGUGGAUGGAUAAUGAAACCAGGCGACUAGCUGACGAGAAGGCGGACUCCAUUUCCGAUAUGAUUGGAUUUCCGGAUUACAUUCUGAAUGCGGAUGAGUUGGACAAGAAGUAUCAGGAUUUGAAUAUUGAUCCGAAAAUGUACUUUGACAACAAUAUCAACUUCAACAUCUACAGUCUGAAGAAAAACCUAGAAAAACUUGAUCAACCGGUUAACAAAACACGCUGGGGAAUGACCCCGCCUACGGUGAAUGCAUAUUACACUCCAACCAAGAAUCAGAUUGUUUUUCCCGCCGGAAUUCUGCAGCUUCCGUUCUUCGAUAUGAAAAAUCCGAAAAGCUUAAACUACGGAGCGAUGGGGGUAGUGAUGGGACACGAGCUGACCCAUGCGUUCGAUGAUCAAGGUCGAGAGUAUGACAAAUUUGGAAACUUGCAUCAAUGGUGGAAUAACAAAACCAUCGAACGUUUCAAAAAACAAACCGAAUGUUUCAAUAAGCAGUACAGUACGUAUAAGGUUAAUGGGAAAAACCUUAAUGGCAAACAAACGAUGGGCGAAAAUAUUGCUGAUAACGGUGGGCUUAAGGCGGCUUUUCAUGCGUACAUCAGAAAUGAGAAGUUAAGCACUUCGGACACGGAUACUCUGCCGCUUCCUGGAUUGAACAUGACUCAUCGUCAGCUAUUUUUCGUUUCGUUUGCUCAAGUAUGGUGCUCGGCUGUUACCGAUGAAACGACCACGUUGCAGAUUGAAAAGGAUCCACACUCACCACCGAUGUACCGAGUGAUUGGAUCGCUCUCAAAUCUACGAGAAUUUGCUGACACUUUCCAGUGUCCUUCGGGAACCCGGAUGAAUCCGGAACGGAAAUGUGAAGUGUGGUAAGAGACUGUUGAUAGACUAACAUGGGCAAACUGUGCUGCACUGGAUGCAUGCGAACGGUUUAGAAGUAUUACUGUUGUUGCACAACUUAUUAUUAUUUACUGAAUGUACAAAAAGAGAUUCCGUUUGUUAUCCAUUCGCUUCUUUUCCUCUUGCUUUAGUUGUAUUUAUUCUAGCGUAACAGAAGUUAUCUGAGAUGCCAAAAAGUCCAAAGAAUCUAUGUGAAUAAAAUAUUUUUAGAUAAUCUACCCUUUCCGAAACACAAGAAGAUAGAAGAAAAAAAACAUAAUCCCAAGACAUUACCCACGUAGCGAUUAAGAGAGUCCUUUAACAUUUAAAUCCAGUGAUAAGUGUAUCAAACAAAAUUUACACCAGUUACUAAUGAAUGUGAUUAAUAUCGAAAGAACGCUAUGUAGCAGAGCAAAGGAGAGUUCACAGUUGACCACUUGUUCAGGAAAAAUAAAAUCGCAAAUGACAGAUAACACUGCAGCAGGUCUAGCUGGCAACAGAGAAUCAAACUUUCUAUACAAAAACACUAAAAACUAGUGCUACAUAAAUAGUAUCGUAAGGAGCUGUUUUAAACAAUUUAUAAAAGACGUUUGGUUCCUCGCUGAGAUCAGGAAAACUUGCGUUGUUCGAUUUCGGUUUCGGUAAAAAAAAUACUAUUGUGUUCGAUAAGCAACCGCGUUGCGAGCACAAU